UCGUUAUUCAAACUUUCUGUGCCUUGAUUUUCUUAGGUAUAAGUUGGGCCGUCAAGAGGAUGAAUUAAAUAUUACAGAUAAAACUCUCAGAAGAGUGGUUGGAAUGUGGCAGGAGCCCUUCCAGCAGGAAGCCUUCAAGGCCUGCUGGGUUUCUCAGCCCUGUCCUUUCUGAGAAGGUCCUUUCCCUGUCCCUGCUCUCCUGCAUUCUCUUCUCUCUCUCUCCUCUCUUCUUUCAGCUCCUCUCCCUGCUUCCCACUCGCGUCAGGGCUCCUUUGUGCCCUCUGCUGGUCAAUGGCGGCAGGACCAAGUGUUCUGGUUGCUAUGGCUACCGAGUCAACGCGGUAACCAAGGAGACCGAGGCGGAAGCUCCGGAUAGCUCCAGCAGGCGGUGGUGACGCAGGAGGCUGGGGUCUCCAGACUACAAGUUCAGUGAGGAUUGGUACUAUACCUGUUUGGCUCACCUUGUUUUCCAGAGCUUAAUCUGAUACCUGGCACAGAAGAGGUGUUCCUAUAUUUGUUGAAUGUUCACCAGAGUCUGAAAGAGAAGUCCACUUUUGAUGGAAGAAAUCUGCAUCGUAGAGGUGGCCUUCCAACCUGGCAAUGAAUGGAAUAAAACUUGACGUUUUUGCAAAUCACAAUAAUUUUUAGAUAAUAUCAAGACAGUGGGGGAAAAAAAAGGCAGUAAUCAUGAACACCAAAGAUUUUGUAGUUCUUCCAUGGGGGAAACCUGGAAAUUCUGUAAAACUAAAAUACAAAAAUGCUCAGGAACUGAGGAUGGAGAAGAUACAGUUAGAGUUGGAGAACCAACAAAUGGAAAAGAAACUACAGGAAUUCCAAUCAAUUUGGAGCAGAGAAAAGGAAGAAAGAGGGUCAAGUGGAUAUCACUGGAAAUCUGGGCAAGUGGGAAAAUUGAGUAAUCAAUCACACAUAAUGUCACAAAGUAAAGGAAAUAUUAUUAAGCUUUCUGCUGGAAAAGUGAAAUUAAAAUUACUAAAGGAGCAACUUCAAGAGCCAGUGAAACAACCACUUAAUCAUAAAAUGGCCAGUUCUUCUGAAAGUGAAAAAUCCAAGAUAAAAGGGAAGGUUUGUGGACAGUGUGAGAACAAAGCUGCUGUGCUGGUAUGCCUUGAGUGUGGCGAAGAUUAUUGCUCAGGUUGCUUUGCUAAAAUUCACCAGAAGGGGGCACUGAAGCUCCAUAGAACAACUCUUUUGCAGGCAAAAUCUCAAAUAUUAUCCAAUGUAUUGGAUGUUGCCCAUCGGUUUAUCAAGGAUAUUAAUCCAGAUGAACAGAAAGGGGAGAAUAAUUCUGUAAAAGAGAUUAGUAAAAGUCAGCAUAAACCCAGAUCUCUUCCUCUGCAGGGGAGCAAUUCUGAGGUAGACGUUCCAACCACAAAAAGAGCAGAAUGUUCAAAUCCAAGAGAUAGGCUCUUGUGUGAAGGGUCAUUUGAUGAAGAGGCUUCUUCCCAGUCCUUUCAGGAAGCUUUAAAUCAAUGGAGAACUGGACACCAUGAUGACGACGAGAGUCAGAACUUCCGUGCGGCAAAAGCAGACUCAUUGGGAGAAUGUGAAGUACAAACUAAUCUGAAAAUUUGGAGAGAACCACUCAAUAUUGAAUUUAAAGAAGAUAGUCUUUCGUAUAUGGAAAAAUUAUGGCUUAAAAAACACAGAAGAACUCCACAGGAGCAACUUCGAAACAUGCUGCCAGAUGCAUUCAUACCUCAAUGUAACACUGCUGGUGAGGCACAGUGUUCCCAGAAUGAAAAUGAUGAAGACAGUGAUGUUGAGGAGACCAAACAAUACCCAGCACUUUUUCUGCCAGUAGAAGAAUUUAACAUAGAGAGACCCGAGCCAUCUCUAAAUAUAGUUGAACUGGAUGAUACUUAUGAAGAGGAAUUUGAAGAACCAGGAAACACAGUGCCCUACAAAGUUGAGUUAGCAGAUGUAGACAGUCAACAAAGUUGCACGUUUCAUAAUUAUCAGAAUACUUUUCUAUAUGAAAAUGACAUUCAUCAACAUCAUGUUUUCACCAAGGGAAAAGCAGACCUCUUACAUCUUCAUCUGAACAACAGCUCUUCCUCCUGUAAAAAUAACUCAAAAGCAGUAACUUCAGAUACAAAAUUUGACACCAUUGUGGAUCCUGAUGUUUAUUCUCCUGCCACUGAAAAGUUAGGGGAAAGCAGCUUUUUUGAAAGAAAUUUCAAGGAGAAAACUAUAGAUAUGGAAAGUAAUCAAAAGUCUGAUGAUUCCUGCAUAUCACUUGAGAGCAAGGAUUCUUUGCCAAGUAUAGGUUUAGAAAAACCUUCCACUAAGGAGCAAUUAUCUCAGAACAUCAAAGAAUCCUUGGAAUUUAGCAAUCUGCAUGAGAGGCCAAACCCUGAAGAUUCUAAAACUACAGAGUCACCACUGUUGUUACGAGAAAUAGCCCUCAGAAGUAAGCCUAUAACUGAACAAUAUCAAGGACUUGAAAGAUUCUUUGUUUUUGAUAAAAAUGAGAGACUCAACUUACUUCCUUCUCAUAGCUUAGAAUGCAGCUAUUCCAGUACUAGGAUUACAACUGCAGGAGACCGAGAGUGGAUGCCAGGCCACAGCAUAAGUGCCUCGGCUGAUCACGCAGUUGUCUUGGGUGUUGUGCAGACUGCCCAGAACCUGUCCACGAGCAGAACACAGCGAAAGAGGGGGGAGAUAUCACAGAGACCUUCAACAGCACAUAUACCCCUUUCCAACUCUGUGAAAAAAAGCUCCGGUUGCCUCUUCUCCCAUCCUCGAUCAAGAAGUGCAGCUGUUCGAUCGUUAUCUAGAGCUGCUUCUGAAAUUUCAGAAAUUGAAUACAUUGAUGUUACUGACCACACUGAGCCUUUCUUAGAUGACACUGCUGAUCAGCAAACCUUAGACAAUUUGGAAAAAGAAUUAAAUGUGCUGGGAAAUCUUGCAGAUCCUUCAGAAAAACUUUACAGUCUAACCUCAGAAGAGUUACCAGCCUUCAACAACCACUUGCUGGACAUAAGUCAGACUACCGGAGAUUUCCUUAAGAGCUCAAGUGCCGGAAGCCUCUGUGGAGUUGAGGAACAGAGCUCUUCUGAAAAAGAUACUGAAAUUCAGUCUUUGCUGACACUUCCUGAAAGCAGCACGGAGGAGGAGGAGGAAGAGGAUUUUCUUGACCAGCAACACGUCAUCACACUCCCAUAAUCAAAGAGUGCCUAAUGAUAAUGAUCAUUUGUUCAUUACGUUUUCCAUUUGGUACCCAGAGUAAAGCAAACAGCUGAAAAAAGUGACCAAGUGAUUACUUGUCCCGGUGCUGGAGAUUUGAUUGUUAAUGUUUCUGAUAUUUCAAGAUUGGCAGACUAAUAAAAAUCAGUGAAA